AAUCGAUGAGUGGUGUCAGUAUGAGUACAUCACUGAAUGUUUAGAUGUCGCUCGAGGAAGAUUGAUCUCGGGGGAACAAUAAGUUUCAUUAUAUUAAGUAUGUCGGAUUGGGCUCAGAAAGCGGAGGAUCAAGAAAUAUCCAGACUGGUUAAUUGUCUAGAAAUAAGGAAGGAGGAUGACAAAGACAAAUUUGUAGAAAACGCUGACGUCCCCAGUGCUGCUGAAACAAGUUUGCUUCUCAAGAUAAUUCGAAAAGGACUUGUUGAAUCUACUUUGGAUUUAGAAGUACAACGCAAGGACCCCAAAUCUCCACUGCAUUCCGUAAAAACAUUUGAAGCGCUACACCUAAAACCCGAGCUGUUAAAAGGUAUAUACGCUAUGGGGUUUAAUGCACCUUCCAAAAUUCAAGAAACAGCACUUCCAACAUUACUUGCGGACCCUCCCCAAAAUAUGAUAGCCCAGAGCCAGUCUGGAACCGGUAAAACGGCCGCAUUCGUUUUAGCAAUGUUGAGUCGGGUUGAUAUCAAAUUGGAUUUUCCACAGGUGCUUUGUAUUUCGCCUACUUAUGAGCUUGCAAUACAAACGGGUGAGGUAGCUGCUCGAAUGGCACAAUUUUGUCCAGAAAUUAAAUUAAAAUUUGCUGUACGUGGUGAAGAAGUUACUCCAAACACCAAAUUAAAGGACCACAUAAUAAUUGGGACACCUGGAAAAAUUUUGGACUGGGGAUUAAAAUAUCGUGUUUUUGAUUUGAAAAAAAUACGGGUGUUUGUUCUCGACGAAGCAGACGUAAUGAUUGCAACCCAAGGCCACCACGAUCAAUGUAUUCGAAUUCAUAAACAACUUUCUUCGAAAUGUCAAAUGUUGUUUUUCUCCGCAACGUACGAUAAGGAAGUUAUGAAUUUCGCUCAGCAUAUAGUACCUGAUCCUACUAUUAUACGACUUAUGAGAGAGCAAGAGUCGCUAGAAAAUAUAAAGCAAUAUUUUGUGAAAUGUAUGAAUGAAGAAGACAAAUAUAAUGCAAUUCAAAAUAUUUAUGCCGGAAUAACAAUAGGUCAGGCUAUCAUAUUCUGUCAUACUCGUAAAACUGCUGGAUGGCUGGCAGGAAAGAUGUCAUCGGAUGGCCAUUCUGUUGCUGUACUAUCUGGAGAUUUAACGGUGGAACAAAGGCUUGCAGUUUUGGAUCGAUUCAGGGCUGGUCUCGAAAAAGUUCUCAUAACGACAAACGUACUCUCAAGAGGAUGCCCCCCCCGAGGCAGCUCCUCCAUCGUUCCUGACAUAUUAAAUCUUUAAUUUUAAUUUCAAAGAAUUCUUGAAGUAUGUGCAGGAUUUGAAGAGCUGUGAAUAAAGUACUGGCUAUCAAACCUUUAUUGCACAAAAUGAAAUGAGCAUAUAAGUUAGAUUAUAAUACCAACGCAGUGAUCACAUACUUUCUAUUUCGCGAAGAAGUACUUAAUUUAAUGCACAUUUUUUUAAAAUUGCUAAAAAUUUAUAUUCCAAAACUUAUUUCGGCUACUUGGCGUAGUGGCGAUUACUUAACAAUCUUGCGAUACCAGUCGCUGAGCAACGAACAUGAAAAUUUGCUAUACGCAACCGUCUUGUAUUAUGUAUAAUUUAUUCCAAAGAGGUCUCCACAAUAAUAUUUGUUCAUUUAAUACUUUAUUAAAACACACUUUUCGAAUAAAAUUUACUUGCCUUUCAUAAAA